CUCUCUCUAAUGUCUGAACUAAAACUCUCACUUUCUCUCUCUUUUCCGGGAUGGUCUCACGCUGCCGUAUCAACCUCCUCCUACGCUUCAACAGUACCAGCUUCGACGGUUCCUCCGGUUGUUCCGCCGAUACGUCGUCACCUGGCCUUCGAUUCGACGAAGCCGCCGUUUGUUCAUCCCGAUGAUUAUCACAGAUUUUCAUCUAUUAAUGGUCGUGGAAUAGUCGCCGAUCAAGAAGUUGAAGCAAUUGUUGUGAGAUCUCCACAAUUAAAAAGGAAGAGCGCGGCAGACAAAAAUGAUGUUGUGUUUGGCCACCAUUUGCGCACAAAAUAUGGAGUCAUGUUUUUAGUAACAGCAAGUGUUUCUUCUACAUUUGGACACUACUCAGUCUAUAUAUUGAUAUUUAUAGUCUGCAGGUUCAUUGUUGCUAAUAUAGAGGGAAUUGAUGGGCUAGAAUCCUCCUAGGAGACUUUGAUUUCCUUAGCUCACCAAGAAACACCCCUGCCAUUGCCCAUGUCCUUCCUUCCUUUCGAGGAUUGCAGUACCUCGUC